UCCCGUCGUUGAUCUCCCUUCGCAUUGCUCGACAGCAGUCGACGAUGGCGGGAGCAGGACGCCCAUUCGCCGCGGCGAUGUGCAGUUUCAUGGCCCUGUGGCUCGCGGCGUCGUCGCCGUCGACGUUCGUCUCGGCCGCCGGCCGCCGUGCACGCAGCCACGUGGCGUCGAUCGUGACGGAGGAGAUGUACAACGCGUCGUUCUUCAUCCACAAGGACGACGCGGCCUGCCCGGCGAGGAACUUCUACGCCUACUCCGCCUUCGUCCGCGCCGCCGAGCGGUUCCCGCGCUUCGGCGGCGCCGGCGGCCGCGGCACCCGGAGGCGGGAGGUGGCCGCCUUCCUGGCGCAGGUCUCCCACGAGACGACCGGCGGGUGGGCCGCCGCGCCGGACGGGCCCUACUCCUGGGGCCUCUGCUUCAAGGAGGAGGUCAAGCCGGCGAGCAGCUACUGCGACAACACCUCCGCCGCCGUCGCCGCGCGGUGGCCGUGCGCGCCCGGCAGGUCCUACCACGGCCGCGGCCCCAUCCAGCUGUCGUGGAACUUCAACUACGGGCCGGCCGGCGAGGCGCUGGGGUUCGACGGCCUGGGGUCGCCGGAGGUGGUGGCCGCCGACGCCGUGGUGGCGUUCGAGACGGCGCUGUGGUUCUGGAUGACGCCGCGGCCGCCCAAGCCGUCGUGCCACGACGUGAUGACGGGCGGGUACCGGCCGUCGCCGGCCGACGCGGCGGCGAACCGGACGGCCGGGUUCGGGCUGACGACCAACAUCAUCAACGGCGGCCUGGAGUGCAACCGCACCGACGACCCGCGGGUGAAGGACCGGAUCGGCUUCUUCCGGCGAUACUGCGGCAUCCUCGCCGUCGCCGCCGGCGACAACUUGGACUGCGCCCACCAGCUUCCCUACUCCUCCUAAUCACUACUACACUACUCUAAUUAAUUCUACUGGUUUUAUUUCUUAAUAUUUUGUUUACUCAAUUAUAUCUCUUCCAAUAAUAAUGCAAAAUUUGCUCAAUUACUUUUUGUUUGUUUGCUAAUUGGAUGGAUGGACAAAUCAGCGAAUUGAAACAAUGUGAUGAGUGUUGAAGCUUGAUUGAUCAGGAAAUCACAGUAUCAAAAC